AUGCCGCCGUGCUCUAGGAGGGGCCAGUUCCAGCGCUCCUCGGCUGGCAGGGGAGCUCCUCUGGCGCAGGAGGACACCAAGUCCUCCCGGCCUGCCGUGCGAGACGUCUCCGAAGAGCUGAGCAGGCAGCUUGAGGACAUCUUGAACACAUACUGUGUGGAUGCCAGCCAGGAGGGUCCAGGCGACAAGGAUCGUGCACGGGUGCUCGUGGAAGCCGAGAAGGGUCGUAGCGAGGCGCCGAGGAACGGGGACCAGGAGACAGGCGGCCCCGAGAUGAAUGGGGAGAAGGAAAACACAAAAGGGACUGAAGAGUUUCGGCCCAGCGAGGAGUGUGGGGAGCGGGAUCAGAAGAAGGCUCAGGAAAAGAAGAAAGCCAAGGGCCUAGGCAAAGAAAUCACCUUGCUGAUGCAGACGCUGAACACCCUGAGCACGCCAGAGGAGAAGCUAGCAGCACUGUGCAAGAAAUACGCUGAGCUGCUGGAAGAGCACCGUAACUCCCAAAAGCAGAUGAAGAUCUUACAGAAGAAGCAGACGCAGCUGGUGCAAGAGAAGGACCACCUGCAGAGUGAGCACAGCAAGGCCAUCCUGGCCCGCAGCAAGCUGGAGAGCCUGUGCCGCGAGCUCCAGAGACACAACCGCACCCUCAAGGAGGAGGGUGUCCAGCGCGCGCGGGAGGAAGAGGAGAAGCGGAAGGAGGUGACAUCCCACUUCCAGGUGACGCUGAACGACAUCCAGCUCCAGAUGGAGCAGCACAACGAGAAGAACUCCAAGCUGCGCCAGGAGAACAUGGAGCUGGCAGAGCGGCUCAAGAAGCUCAUUGAGCAGUACGAGCUGCGGGAGGAGCACAUUGACAAGGUGUUCAAACACAAGGACCUGCAGCAGCAGCUGGUGGACGCCAAGCUCCAGCAGGCACAGGAGAUGCUGAAGGAGGCCGAGGAGAGGCACCAGCGGGAGAAGGACUUUCUGCUGAAGGAAGCUGUGGAGUCGCAGAGGAUGUGUGAGCUGAUGAAGCAGCAGGAGACCCACCUCAAGCAGCAGCUGGCUCUCUACACAGAGAAGUUUGAAGAAUUCCAGAACACCCUUUCCAAAAGCAGUGAAGUGUUCACGACAUUUAAACAGGAGAUGGAGAAGAUGACUAAGAAGAUCAAGAAGCUGGAGAAAGAGACCACGAUGUACCGCUCUCGCUGGGAGAGCAGCAACAAGGCCCUGCUGGAGAUGGCUGAAGAGAAAACCCUUCGGGACAAAGAAUUAGAGGGGCUCCAGGUGAAAAUCCAGCGCUUGGAGAAACUCUGCCGAGCCCUGCAAACGGAGCGCAACGACCUCAACAAGAAGGUGCAGGACCUGUGUGCCCACACGCCCCGGGCAGACACGGACCUGUUGGAGCCUUUGAAGGACCCAUCUCGGGAGGGCGGCGAGGCGGCGGCGGGAGCUGCUCUGGCAGAGCCGCGCCUGGCUGAGGAUUGCCUUCACUCGGGAAAGCCGGCGCACAGCCCGGAUGCUGCGGAGAGCCUGGGAGAACUGAGCACAGGAGCCGUGGGGCAGAGCGGGACUGAGGAAGGCACGCAGGGCACCUUGUCGUUGGCGGGCUGCGACUCCCCUAAAACCGAGCGCAGCUCAGGAAAGCAGCAGUGUGGAUCCGCCCUGGCCCGUGGCACCGGGACAGCCGGACGCGGCGCCGCCUUCACCGCGACUCCCGCAUCGCGUGAAAGCAACACGCGCUGA